GGGUACCCCCUUCAUAACAACUACAGUAGAAGUGGAUAGAAUUAUAUAGAGACCACCUUCUUCUUCACAAACUGAUCAAAGAUCCAUAAACUCCCUAGCUCUCUCUAUCUCUCACACACAGUGCAGGUUGGUUUGAUGAAAAUGGGAAGGCCACCAUGCAGCGAGAAAAAAGGGGUCAAGAAAGGACCCUGGACUCCAGAGGAGGACAUAAUCUUGGUGUCUUACAUCCAAGAACACGGCCCUGGAAACUGGAGGGCUGUUCCUACCAACACUGGUCUGCUUAGAUGCAGCAAGAGUUGUAGGCUCAGGUGGACUAAUUAUCUCAGGCCGGGGAUUAAACGGGGUAGCUUUAGUGAUCAGGAGGAGAAGAUGAUCAUCCACCUCCAAGCUCUUCUUGGCAAUAGGUGGGCUGCCAUAGCUUCCUACCUCCCACAGAGAACAGACAAUGAUAUAAAGAACUACUGGAACACUCAUCUCAAAAAGAAGCUUUCCAAGAGCGAAGGGCACGGUGUUGGUCAUGACGACAAUGAGCAUGAUCUUAACGGAGUCAGUUCUGAUUCUUCUUCGUCAGGAGCACCAAAAGGCCAGUGGGAGAGAGCUCUCCAAACCGAUAUUCAUAUGGCUAAAGCAGCUCUUUGUGAAGCUUUGUGCUUAGACAAGUCUCCAAUCACUACCACCACUUUGGCCUCCCAGGCACCAAACUUUACCCGAGCAUCACCGGUCCAAUCAUCACCCACAUAUGCUUCCAGCGCUGAUAACAUAGCUCGUUUGCUCCAGAACUGGACACGGAAAUCUCCUAAUUCUUGGUCACCAGAAAUCACCACUUGUCAUGACCAAUACAACUCGAACUCAUUCAACAAUUAUCAUCAAGUUGGAAGCACUAGUACCGGUUCACCUAGCAGUGGUUUCGGAUCAUUGUACAACAACUUUAAUUAUUCGAUGAAUAAUUCCUCUUCAACAGAUGUAUCCAUGGACGAUGCAGCCAAUUUCACGACGCAAAGUAAGCAUGACAAGGGGAAGUUAAUGUUGCAGGAUUACGAUGUCACGAAGCCAAUUGUCAAAAAUAACAGCUCUCACUAUGAUCAUCAGCAAGUGCAUGAGCAUGAGGAAUUGCCUCCUUUGACUUUGCUGGAGAAAUGGCUCUUUGAUGAUGUUACCAUGGCUGCUCCACCGCAAGAUGACUUAAUGAUGAACAUGUUUUAGGGAGAUCAAAAAUCGCCAUGUUUUAAUUAUUUGUAGCCGGAGAUUAACAGGAUGAAGAACUAUGGGAGGAUCAGACAAAAUUAAGUGUACAUUAAACUGUUAUAAUUAUGUUACUUCUAGCUAGCUUAUCAAAUAUCUUAAGCAUAUAUAUGUACUGGAGUAUACAGAUAUAUUAGUUCUGUUUUGAGUGUAUCAACUCUCUAGAAUUUGAUUUAACAUGAGAAAUAAAGAAUAUAAUCUGUAAUUUCUUGA